GAGGACCUCAUACUCACUCUUCAUGAAGUUCUUGGAAACAGGUGGGCACAAAUUGCAGCAAAACUUCCUGGGAGAACGGAUAAUGAGAUCAAGAACUUUUGGAACUCUUGUCUUAAAAAGAAGCUAAUGAAGCAAGGAAUUGAUCCACACACACACAAACCCAUAACCCAACCCCUAUUAAUAAGAACAGAAGAUCCAAAGAACUGCAAUAGUCUUCCAGCAUUGCCUAAUGAUCAUCUCCCAAAUUUGGAAAUCUCAACUACACAAAUGAUCACCAAAGAGCAAGCUUUUGAUCCUCUAUUCUUGUAUGAGCCCCAAGAGAAUAUGAAUUGUUACCUCAAUCCCAAUUACGGAUUUAGCUCAUUGCCCGGACUAAUGAAUAUAGAGUCUGAUAUUUUCUCAGAUGGGUCAAAUUCAAGAAUGGGUUCCAAUAGCAACAACAUCAUGGACAAUGCGCCACGAUUUUCAUGGGAAAUUGGGAACAGAAUGGAAGACACAUUAUUUAAUCAGUAUGGGUUCAACAAUGGUGAGAUGAUCAUCAAACCUGAAGAAAAUGAGGAUGUGGUGGAGGAGGAAAGCCAAUUAAUUGAAGCACACUGUUCUAGUAAUUUCACUCGUGAUGACUAUACAUUGACUCCCCUUCAACAUGGCAUGAGUGGGGAUAAUAUUGAUCUCUUCCCUCAAAUUUGAGAUUUGAUACAAUAACAAUUUAGUUUAAUCUAUGAGUUGUACUUUUAGGCUUUUUCUUCGAUCCUCCCUUCCCCUAUAAAAAUACAAUAUACAGCUACAUAAGAAC